GUGAACUCUGAGUGAAAGGUGAAAGAAGCUCAAUGCUUUUGUUUAUUUGAUUCUUUAGCUUAUCAUUUAUCAUUGUUUUUUUAUUUUAUAACAAGUAAAGAGGGAACGGGAAUUUGUUCUUUUUUGAGGUUAUUUUACAGUAUUUUAUAAUUAUUUCAAGAUAAAGAUAUUACUGAAAGAUAUAAAAUCAUGUUUAUUGGGAAUGAAGUAAAACAAGAAGAUGCUGAACUGACUUGCAAAAGGGAAAUAGCUAAUGAAGUAGAUGAAAUUACAGAGGAUUCUUUGAAGAUUGAAAUUAAAGAGGAAGCUGUCUGGGAAGAUACAACUGACACAUUUGAUUAUUUAGAUGUUAAGAAAUGUUCUAUAAAAGCUGAAAUAGAACCAGAUGAUGGUUUCUCUUGUAAAUAUAUGAAACCUGAUGCCAGUAGCCUAUUAACAAAUCAUGAAAGAAGUGGCUGUAAUUUCAAUCAAUAUGUAACUUCCACUACCAAAGUCAAGACUGAAGAACAACAUUUUAUAUGUAUCAUUUGCAAGAAAUCAGUGUCAAACAGUGAUCGUUUAGAACAUAUGUGUAUACAGACUGAGAAAAAAUCCUUUGCAUGUAAAGUUUGCACCAAACAAUUUUCAACUAAGAAAUAUUUAAGAAGGCAUAUGAAAGCUCAUACUGAUCAAAAUCUAUUCAAAUGUGAAAUUUGCAAUAAGCAGCUUUCAACGAAACAAGUUCUACAACGGCAUAAUAUGAGAGUGCAUACUGAUAAAAAAUUUAAAUGUGAAAUUUGCACCAAAGAGUUUUUAACGAAAGGGUCUCUAAAAACACAUAUGAGAGUGCAUGGUGGUGAAAAACCAUUUGAAUGUGAAAUUUGCACCAGGCAGUUUUCAUUAAAGGGUUAUUUAAGAAAACACAUGAAGUUGCAUUCUGAUCAAAAACCGUUUGAAUGUGAAAUUUGUAACAAAAAGUUUUCAUUAAAGGAUUAUUUAAUAAAACAUAUGCAAUUGCAUUCUGAUGAAAAAUCAUUUAAAUGUGAAAUUUGCACUAAAAAGUUUUUAUUAAAGGAUUAUUUAAGAAAACAUAUGCAAUUGCAUUCUGAUGAAAAAUCAUUUAAAUGUGAAAUUUGCACCAAACCGUUUCUAGAGAAACGGUACUUAGAAACACAUAUGAGAGUGCAUACUGGAGAAAAACCAUUUAAAUGUGAAAUUUGCGUCAAACAUUUUUCAACGAAACUAUAUUUAAAAACACAUAUGAUAGUGCAUACUGGAGAAAAACAGAUUGAAUGUAAAAUUUGCGUCAAACAGUUCUCAACGAAACAAGUUUUAAAAUUGCAUAUGAGAGUGCAUACUGGUGAAAAACCAUUUGAAUGUGAUAUUUGCACCAAAAAAUUUUCAACAAAGGGCAACUUAAUGUUGCAUAAGAAAUUGCAUACUGAUGAAAAAUUUAAAUGUGAAAUUUGCAACAAACAGUUUUUAAUUAAACAAAGUUUAAAAACGCAUGCGAGAGUGCAUACUGGUGAAAAACCAUUUAAAUGUGGAAUUUGCACCAAACCGUUUUCAACCCAACGAAAUUUAAAAACGCAUAUGACAGUGCAUACUGGUGAUAAACCAUUUGAAUGCAAGAAACCGUUUGAAUGUGAAAUUUGCGUCAAACAGUUUUCAACGAAACAAGUUUUAAAAUUGCAUAUGAGAGUGCAUACUGGUGAAAAACCAUUUGAAUGUGAUAUUUGCACCAAAAAAUUUUCAACAAAGAGUUAUUUAAAUUUACAUAAGAAAUUGCAUACUGAUGAAAAAUUUAAAUGUGAAAUUUGCAACAAACAGUUUUCAAUAAAACAAAACUUAAAAACGCAUAUGAGAGUGCAUACUGGUGAAAAACCAUUUAAAUGUGGAAUUUGCACCAAACGGUUUUCAACCAAACAAAAUUUAAAAACGCAUAUGAGAGUGCAUACUGGUGAAAAACCAUUUGAAUGUGAUAUUUGUACCAAAAAAUGUUCAACAAAGAGUUAUUUAAAUUUACAUAAGAAAUUGCAUACUGAUGAAAAAUUUUAAUGUGAAAUUUACACCAAACAGUUUGCAAUGCAACUACACUUGAGAGCAAAACAAUUGACUCACUUGCUGAAUUGUACAGGUUAGAUGUCUUGAAUUUCCUAAACCUAUUGUCCGAUUUGAGUGAUUAUUUUAGUAUGUUGUAGCCUUAUUAUUUAGGAAAAUCGAUGUAAUAAUAUUGUUGCCAGACAGGUAAAUGUCAUUUUAUACGGGGUGUAACAAUCAUACUGUGUUUUUUCUUAAAGUUGGGAACACCCUGUGGAAUAAUCUAGCAUAAUAUAUAAAAUAUUUAAAUUACAACUCAAUUUUAGCCUUAGGCUUUGUUAAGGGGGGGGGGGAUGGUUUGAAAUAUUUAAUUUUUUUAUUAUUUCAAAUAAAAGUGCAUACUUUCAAGAAUACUCUUUGAAAGUUUCGAAUUGAUCGGAGUAAAAUUACCAGAGAUACAGCGUGUUGAAUAUCCCUAAUUUCGACUCGCUUUGCCGCGGCUUCGCGCCAGCACGUUUCAGCGUAGUGAGAAACGUUAAACAACUGUUCGCCUUCUCUUUUGAAGAUUACUCCGCGAUUCAAAAAACAUAUUCCAAUGUGCACCACUUUAUGAUUUGGCAGACAAAUAAGAAGAUGAAGAUGCAGUUGUCAAAACUUUAAACGCAUUUUUCUCAAAACUACAUUUUCAAAUGCGGUGGACAUUGUAACUGAAAAACUACUUGACCGAUCUACCUGAAAUUUUGCAUAGAUUUUCUUUAGACAUUUCAUGAGGUAACAACGUCGAGAUAUUUUUCGUUUUGCGCUUAUUUUUUGUUCAACCAUAAUAAAUCUGUCGAUUUUCACAAAAUUUUUACCAAAAAUUUCGUAUUUUUGACUUCUGAGUGUUACCAAAAAUUCAAAAAUCAUCGAAUUAAAAUAAACUCGACGUUGUUACCUCGUGAAACUUGUGAAGCUAAUUAAAUCUUUUUUAAUUUUUUGUUUGUUAUGAUCCAGUGACGAGUUCUGAUGUCCACCGCAAAACCCAUUUUUUUGUGAGCUGCCUGUCAAAAUUUGUCACCGAUGGCUUAUUUUUCAAUAUUUUGGAUUGAUUUUUUUUAAAUAUUCUUUGAAUUGUACUUAAUAUGGUUGUCUAAUUUAAAAAUAAAAUAAUUCUACCAUAGCUUCGAAAAAAAUUCACAAAAAUGUGCUUGAUAUGUUGAUUUCAAACCAUACCUCCCCCUUAACAUUUUGUUUUUUGAUUAAUUCGCUUAUGUUCGAUAAUCAGGGCCGUGCCGUGCUAUGAUGCGGCGAGGCAGUCGCAUCAGGCGGCAUCACAAGGGCAUAAUCAGUAAAAUAAAAAAAAUUGUCAAAUUGUGUAAAAAUGUUGUCAGAAACUAUAGAAAAAAUGAAAAGUUACAGACAAUAUGGCUAACGACCAAAUGAAAAUUUAAUGAAAUUGCAGAAAAUUUUGAUAUAAGUUCCGAAUUUCCAGCUGAAAAUGAAAUUCGAGCCAGGAGAAAAAAGCGUUUAUUUGACUACGAAAAAUCUGUGGACGAGCUCUUAACAGAUGAAGCUAAAGGACAUCGCACACAUCUUAUGGAAAAUAUAAUGUCACUCAAAUUCAAUAAAAUUUAUAUGAAUAUAUUCGUUUCAAUUUAACGAUCAAUUCUUAUCAUUGCGCCAACUCUUAAUUUUCAAUAAUAAGAGCAGAAAUUGAUAUAAAUCAAUCUGAAAUCAAAUGGGUAGGUACAUAAGUUAGAGAGAGAAAAAAUAUUUUAAAAUACCCAAAAUAUAGUUAGUUCAUAAAUCUUCUCGAGCUCUUAAGCAUCUUAUUAUAAUAGUUUCACUAAUCCGCUUAGGCCCAGCGGGGUUUAAGCUGUUUUGAAUAGCACCCAGAGCAAUAGUGAUUAUAACUGACACGUUUAUAGACUCCAAAAAUGUGAUUUCGAUAAACUUUAAUUGCAAUUUGCGCCGUAAUUAAUCAUAAUUAAGAGUUGGCGCAAUGAUAAGAAUUGACAGUUAAUUUAAAACGAAUCUAUUCGUAUAAAUUUUAUUGAAUUUGAGUGACAUUAUAUUUUCCAUAAGAUGUGUGCGAUGUCCUUUAAAAUAAAUUUGUUCAUCUAUAUUAUAGACAUUGCGUUAAUUAUUCUAGAUCGAGAUUGAUCGAUUUUCGCUUCUAGAAACUCAUAAUUUAAAAUUUUUAUAUGAUAUUUUUAAAUUGAGGGAAAUAGAUGAUGAAACACUAGAAAAAUAUUGUAUGAAUCUUCAUUCAAUACUUUCAAUAGAAAAAGAAAAAAAUCUGAUUGAUAUAAUGAUCUUCUAGAAUCUAGAAGAAUUGCGUGAUAUAUUUCAAAUGAUACCAUAGUCCAUGAAACCUUUAGAGGUUUUGAACUAUUUGUGCGAAAUAAUGACCUAAUUUCUUUAUACUCAAAUAUAGUUGUAAACUAAGAAAUGUAUUAACACUCCCUGUCUGGGUAGCUAGUGGGGAAAGAAGUUUUUCAAAAUUAAAAUUUAUUUACGAAGGUCCAUAAGACAAACAAAACUAAAAAAUUCAGCACUUAUUUCAAUAGAGUUCUUACUAGCUGCUACACCUAUCUAUCUAUCCCCACUAGAUACACCAAUCUGAUUGACGAGUUUGCCAAAAUUAAAGUCAGAAGGGUAAAAUUAUCAUUUUUGUAAAUGUUACUUAAGAGCAUAAGCGCAAAAUUUGCUUGCAAUGCUUUUUAAAUUCAUUCACUUGUUUUCGAAUCCUGAAAAAACUAAUAAAUAUUUUUGAAAAAUUUAAACGCAGAUUGAAAGGUUGCAUUAUUAACGAGGGCCGAAAGUUCCUUAGAUUAAACGAAAGGUUUCGUUCGAAUAAGAUAUUUGAAAUUAAAAAUUACACUCAAUUUUCUCUUUUUUUUUUCAGCCUGUAACUUAUUCAAAUACACAUUAUAGAGAUUUUUAGGGACUUUCGGCCCUCGGUAAUAAUGUAAUAUUUUAUUCUGCAUUUAAAUUUUUCAAAAAUACUAAUUAGUUUUCUCAGGAUUCGGAAAACAAAAUGAAUGCAUUUAAAAAGCAUUGCAAGCAAAUUUUGCGCCUACCCACUUAAUUUAGGGUUAAUAUAUAUUUCAUUUAAUUUAAAGUAUGUUUUGUUUUUGAAAUAAAAGUUUUCGUUAU